GGUAUUUUAUUUAUCCUGUCACGCAAAAACGUCAGGAAGUGCCGCCAUAAUGACAAACCUAAUGAUGUUACGAUCCAUUUACUUUCGUUCGUUAAAUUUACGCAGCGCUUUACCCUCGAUCUCAAUAUUUCUAAUUCGGGGAAAAACAAAAAUCAGCAUUUCCCUGACGAAAUCGGCGUCAUUUUUCUCUUUCUCGGUAAUAAAAAGGGAGACGUAUUUUCCAUUACAAUUUCCUACAAAAUUAGGGCUAUUAUGCUUGAACGCCUUACUGAUUUGCUUAAGCAGAAUGCUUACGGCAUAAUAAAUGUAAUGAAACCAUUGAUGUUUAUUUAUUACUAUAUCUAUUUGAUUAUUCUUUGUGUUGGUCUGAGAAUGUAAUGAGGCGGAUCAGAUUUAUUAACCAAGAUGAUGCAAGCCGGUAAUGAAUGAAUGAAUAUUAGAUAGAUUACUUGCACACCAAAGAUAAUAGUCAGUCAAUAAUUUACGGGCAUCGUUACCCGUUAAUUUAGGGGGAGGCACCCAAUGAUGAAGUAUAGCAGGAAGAUGAUCAAAGGGAGAGAGAAUAGUAGUAAAAUAUUAUUUUUUAUUCCAAAGACAAUAUUACAACACGUGGUAUAUUUUUAGUGACUAGGGAGAAUCUGGACAAAACUCAAAUUGUCGUAUUUCAUAAAAUGUCGAACACUUGACGAACUGCUGCAGUAUAAAAGUGGUUGUGAGUUCCAGAUAUUGGAAAAGUGUUAGAAUGUGUUAGUGGCGUGGACAAAGUUGAAAUGGAACGAAGAACUGGAUUUUUAUUUGUGUUGUGGGUUGCAGUUAUACCGUUACACAAAGCAGAUAAUUUAGAAUUACUCCUGGGAACAUUAAGAACACAUCAAAAAGCAGCAUGUGAUGAGGACAUAGUAACCCUCAUCUGUCCGCGCGGGACUACGAUCAGCAUACAAGUAGCUCAAUAUGGUUCCUCCGCGUCCCAGACGUCCUGCUCACCAGAGCUGGCAGAGUAUCAGCCAGUCGCUGUCGAAGUAUUGGGGGGUGAUGCCCCUUGUACGUGGCCAAGCGCGUUACAGUAUUCACUUUUGCAGACAGUAGUGGAGGCCUGUCAAAAGAAACGACAGUGCAAAUUCCACACGAGUCCGAAAACGUUUGGUGUAGACCCGUGUCCGGGCUCUAGAAGGUUCGUCGAAGUCGCUUAUAAGUGCCGUCCAUAUGAAUUUCGAAGUAAAGUGGGCUGUGAGAACGACGUGCUGCAUUUAAGCUGUAACCCGCACUCACGGGUUGCGAUAUACUCCGCACAAUACGGCAGGACGGAGUACGAUUCGAUACAAUGCCCACAGCCGAGAGGAAUGAAGGAAGAAACUUGCUUAGAACCUUACGCCACGGAAACUUCAAUGCGUGAAUGCCACGGAAAGAGGCGAUGCGUUUUAGCGGCGGACAGCAAAAUGUUCGGGAAACCUUGUCGAGCGGGCAGCAGGACUUAUCUUAAAGUUGUUUACACUUGUGUUCCACGCACAGUGCUUAAAGAAAGAUAUGAAAGUGCACCAGAGGAAGACGAAGUGGCUUACGAUGUAUCGGACACUGAAAAUGAAGACAUAGAUGAGUCCGGCGAUCGUUGGUGGGGUGAACCAGCGGUACCACCGGCUCCAGCAGUGGCAGCUAUUCCUUCACAGAAACCAUCUUUAGCACCCAACAAUGUCACAAGUAAUAAUCACCAAGAGUCAUCACCAUCAUCACCGCGACAUCACCUUUCAGAUAAUGAUCAGUUCGAUGUCAUCUACGUGUACAUUAUCGCUGGUAUUGCUGUGGUUCUACUAGUUGGUAUAGUUGCGGCUACUAUUAGAUGCCUAACAAAUCGGAGUAAUCAAGAACAGCCGAAGGGACCUGUCGAUAAUGUAGACGCAGGACUCAAACAAGAAAUGCAACUCGCCAGUAUGACUAUCAGUCCUAAAAUUAAUAGAUACGUCGGUAGACCAGUACCAAACACGUAUCCACAUGUGAGCAGUAACAUUUACGGACAAGUAGCAGAGUAUCCUAUAGAAAUGCCUUUAAGACAAGUCCACCAUGGGACUUUAGGUCGUGGUGUCGCAGUGAAAACGUUACCUAGAGUACAAAUCCAGGCGGAAACUGAUCCUAACACGAGAAAAACUGUGAUAUUAAUUGGAACUAUCCUAUUAUAG